AUGGCGAAUCCGUUGCAGUUUGCCUACCGAACCCAGAAGGCCAUCGGUGUCUUCGAUGCCGCCCCUGUCUACGAGGCUCUUCCUGGGUUCGAGAAGCCCGAAGGGAACCUCCGGUGCUGUGUCUACUCGCCUUGCGGCCGCUACUUCGCAUACGCCUCUAAUGAGGGUGUCGUUGUCGCUGAUGCCUCGGUCGGCCACGUGCUGACCGCGCUCCCUAUUGCCAACGCCUUCGAGCUCGGAUUCUCCCCCCGAGGCAACUAUCUGAGCACCUGGGAGCGGCCUGCCAAGGACGAGAAUGGCGACGCCACCAAGAACCUAAAGAUCUGGCGCACCAUCGAGGACGUCGCCGACGGUGACGAGAAGGAGCCGCUCGGCAACAACGACUUCUCGACUGUCUGGAACAAGCUGCGCGCCGAGGGUGUGACCGACUUCGCCAUCGCCCCCGGCCUGAACCAAAACGUUGCCGUUUUCAUUCCCGAGCGCAAGGGUCAACCUGCUGCCGUCAAGGUCUACAACGUGCCGUCGUUCGCGAGCCCCAUCUCCCAGAAGACCUUCUUCAAGGGAGAUAAGGUGCAGCUCAAGUGGAACGCGCUGGGAACGAGUUUGAUUACAAAGAGGGACCAAUCCAUGACGUUGCCUGGUCUCCCAACUUCGACCGAGUUCGGCCGGUCAAUCUACGGCUUCAUGCCCGCGAAGACGACCAUCCUUCAACCACCGCGGCAGGACCAUCCACUCGUUCCCGAUCGGUCCUCGCAACACCAUCAUCUUUUUUCCUCUCGCGGUCUGGUUCACCCCGGCGGGCUGGGGGACGGUAACUUGGCCGGUCAGAUGGAUGUCUAUGACUUGGAGAAGCAGCGGGUGCAGAUCUGCACCCACGAGAGCGGCAACCCCAGUGUCUGCACCUGGAGCCCCGACAGUCGCUACAUCAUGACUGCGACCACGUCGCCUCGCCUCCGCGUAGACAACGGCAUCAAACUCUGGCACGUCGGCGGCGGUAUCAUGUACAACGAGGAUAUGGUCGAGUUGUACAACGCCAUGUGGCGUCCCAUCCCCGCAGAAAAUCUUCCCGCCGGAGAUCCUCUGCACCCCGUGCCCACCCCGCACGCCUCCGGCAUGGCGUUCCUCGGCACGGUCAAGACCCCAUCCAAACCUGUGGGAGCCUACCGCCCGCCCGGCGCGCGGGGUGCCUUAACCCCGCUGCACUUCAAGCGUGAAGACGAGGGUGGUGCGGCCCACAUCGUUAGCAACGGAACGGCCUCAGUCGGCCCCAACGGCUUCGGCCGUCCGCGUCACUUAGUCCCGGGAGCGGAGCCGGCCAGCCGUUCCGUUCCUGGCGCGGCGCCCGUUGAUGAGGGCAACGCGGCCAAGAAGAACAAGAAGAAGCGGAACAAGAAGGCCAAGGAAGGUGAUGCCGCCGCCACCGCCGCCAAUGGAUCCCCUACUGAGGGGGGGCUUGCGCCGUCUCCCCGCGAAUACGGGAGCGCAUCGGGCAACGAAGGCCGCAGCCCUGACCGACGGGGCCAACAGCACGCCCGUAGCCGCUCUCGCCAAAACAAUGGCCCGCGCAACCGCACCAACGCGCAACGCGGCGCCUCUCGCAACCGCCCCAGCCAAGCUGGCCAGGGCGGUGGCUCGCCCGUCUCACCCGCUACCCCCGGCGACGCGGACGGAGCUGGUGGUGCGGGGGCCAACCCAAACGCUAAAAAGGUCAGGGCCCUGCAAAAGAAGAUCCGCGCGAUCGAGGACCUCGAGAUGAGGCUUGCGGGCGGCGAGAAACUGGAGGAGACGCAGGUCAAGAAGAUCAACACCAAGAAGUCUGUGGUUGACGAGCUGGCAGCGCUGGGUGAGCAUGCUUAG